AUGGAGGCGGCCGAGGCGGCCGGCUCCGGCGGAGACUUCGCCGCGCCCAGCUCGCCGCGCGGCUCCCCGGCCGUGCCCGCGCCCACCCGCCGGCGCGCCUUCCUGUGGUGCCGCGAGUUCCUGGCCGGGGCCUGGCGCCGCCUCGCCGCCCCCGAGCAGCUCGGCAUCACCCCCGUCAGUGGAGGGCUCAGUAACCUCCUGUACAAAUGCACCCUGCCGGAUCACAUUGCGACAGCGGAGGAUGAGCCGCGGCAGGUUCUGUUGCGCGUCUAUGGGGUCAUCCUCCAGGGUGUUGACUCGCUGGUUCUCGAGAGCGUCAUGUUUGCCAUCCUGGCGGAGCGGUCCCUGGGGCCACGUCUCUACGGCAUCUUCCCACAGGGGCGCCUGGAGGAAUAUAUCCCGAGCCGCCGUCUGCUCACUGAGGACUUGUCGGACCCCAGCAUAUCGGGGGAGAUCGCCAUGAAGAUGGCUCAAUUCCACGGCAUGAUCAUGCCCUUCAACAAGGAGCCGAAGUGGAUGUUUGGGACCAUGGAGAGGUACUUGAGGCAGAUCUCCGAACUCACCUUCCCCCAGGAGGCUCAGCAGCGGAAGCUCAGCAAGCUCAAGGCGUACAACCUGGAGGCCGAAAUGCGUAGCCUCAGGGCUCUCCUGGAGGCCACUCCAUCCCCCGUGGUUUUCUGUCACAACGAUGUGCAAGAAGGGAAUAUUCUGCUCCUAGCUGGGCGCGAGAACCUCACCUCCGACCGUCUCAUGCUCAUUGACUUUGAGUACAGCAGCUACAACUACAGGGGUUUUGACAUCGCCAACCACUUCUGCGAGUGGGUUUACAACUACUCACAUGACCAGUGGCCUUUCUACAAAGCCAGCCCGGAGAACUACCCCAGCCGCCACCAGCAGCUGCUCUUCAUCCAGAGCUACCUGACUGAGACAAACGGGAAGAGUGCGGCCCUCUCGCCGGAAGAACAGGAGUGCCUUGAGGCGGAGAUGCUCCUGGAGAUCAGCAGGUUCACGCUGGCCUCCCACUUCCUCUGGGGCCUGUGGUCCAUCUUGCAGGCCAAGAUCUCCACCAUUGAAUUUGGCUACCUGGAGUAUGCGCAGUGCCGCUUUGAGGCCUACUUCCAGCACAAGGCGUUGUGCGAGUGACCCCCCC